GAGCGGGGCGGGACGCCCCUUAUAAGGCUCGGCUGCCACUGGGCCUGCGCCGAGCUCCGCCGCCGUCGUCCACGCACUCAGUGUCGGUCCCGCUCUGCUGACCGCGCAGCAGCCAUGCCGCCCUACACCAUUGUCUACUUCCCGGUUCGAGGGCGAUGCGAGGCCAUGCGCAUGCUGCUGGCUGACCAGGGCCAGAGCUGGAAGGAGGAGGUGGUGACUCCGGAUACCUGGCAGCAGGGCUCUCUGAAGGCCUCCUGUGUGUAUGGGCAGCUGCCCAAGUUCCAGGACGGGGACCUCAACCUGUACCAGUCCAAUGCCAUCUUGCGUCACCUGGGCCGCUCCUUGGGGCUCUAUGGGAAGGACCAGCGGGAGGCAGCCUUAGUGGACAUGGUGAAUGAUGGCGUGGAGGAUCUUCGCUGCAAAUAUGUCACCCUCAUCUACACCAACUACGAGGCUGGCAAGGAGAACUACGUGAAGGCACUGCCCGGCCACCUGAAGCCUUUUGAGAACCUACUGUCCCAGAACCAGGGAGGCAAGGCCUUCAUCAUUGGGGACCAGAUCUCCUUUGCUGACUACAACCUGCUGGACUUGCUGCUGAUCCACCAGGUGCUGGCUCCCAGCUGCCUGGACGCCUUCCCCCUGCUCUCGGCCUACGUGGCGCGCCUGAGCGCCCGGCCCAAGCUCAAGGCUUUCCUGGCCUCCCCGGACCACGUCAACCGCCCCAUCAAUGGCAAUGGCAAACAGUGAGGCUGCAGUGAGGGCUGCUGGGCCCUCCCAGAGGCGGGCUGCUUGCUCCCUUGAGACCAAUAAAAUUUCCACGACAGAU